UUAAUCUUCAGAAAAUGCAUUUGUUAAUUUUUCACGUAAUAAAUAGUAGUUGAAUUGACUCCACUUUUAUUGCGUAUUUCAAGCGUAACCUUGUUCCGGUGUACUCAAAAUCGGCUAUUAUUUUUUACCCACUAUCCCCUCCUUCAUUGAAAGGUGACUCUGAUUGAUAGUUCUAUAAAUAUUUCGUCCUUUAAUUAAACCUGCUUUAGUUAAUUAGAUUCUGCUCAGCAUCAAGUACACGACAGGUGAAAAAUGGUAGGUUUUUACUUUCAUUUUCUAGUUUUAUUCAGUUUGAUUUUUUUAAAGGAAGAGGAAGAACUAGAGAAAUUCAAAGACCUCGAUAUCUCCAAAGAUCAGUUAAAAUUGCUUAAGCAGAUUUUCGAUUCCUUCGACUUGGAGAAAAAAGGUGAAAUCGGUGUGGACAUGAUCGCACCAAUUCUAGACAUGUUAGGCCAUCAACUAGGAGUCGAAGAACUACAGGGAAUCAUCUCAGAAAUCGACGCAGACGGCAAUGGCGUGAUGAACUUUGAAGAGUUUGCAAAUUUAGCUUCCAGGUUUGUAGUAGAGGAAGAGGAAGACACUGAAGCGAUUUUACGAGAGCUGAAAGAUGCGUUUCGACUGUACGACAAAAACGGCUUGGGUUACAUCAGUGUUGACUUACUAAGAGAAAUUUUAAAAGAGCUCGACGACAAGUUGACUCCUAACGAUCUUGAACAAAUGAUCGAAGAGAUUGAUACCGACGGUUCAGGAACCGUCGAUUGGGAAGAAUUCAAAGCGAUGAUGAUUGGAUAAAAGUGUAUCCCGUAAUUAACAGUCAACGCAAUUAGAAAACAGUGAUAAUAUUUCGAACACAAUUUAAUUUCGUCCUGUCAUCGUGCCAGAACUUCUAUAAUAAGUAUGACGCUGUUAUCGAACGUAAGAACAUGGCAUUGUCAAAACUUUAAUUAAACGUGUUUUGUAUCAAACGUUAAAAAUAUCACCAACAGGCUA